GAUUUACAUUCUCUCAGACUGGUAGAUCAUUAAUACCGCAAUUGGAAAAAAUACAGCUUUUCAUAUUGAUCUUAUCUGUAUGUGUAUAGAUACAUUCAUAGAUAAAAAUACAGAUUGCAUGGGGGUAAGCUGGGGGAUAUUGUUAAAACCUGUUAUGUUUUGAUUUAGAUGCAGCAUCAUUUUAAUUCCUUAUCUGUUCUCUCUUUAAAAUGUGGGGCAACAAGCUCACAAAGUUGGGGUAAACUACCACAUAUUAACAGUAAUAGGAUAUACAUCAUGAAAGAUUUCCUGAUGCAUAGGGUUGAAGCUGUUGCACAAUGGUAGCUUUUUUCCUGAAGCUGUUCUUGAUGUGUGUUGAGUAGAGCUAUCAAGAAAAGUGAUCCAGGCUCAGUUCUAGAGACCCAGUCCCCUGCAACUGUCUUUUAUCAUUUUUCAAUUGUGCAAAAGCACUUGACAUUUUUAGAGAUGAAUUGGCUAAAACUAUUUUAAAGAAUGGCAGUCAUUAUCUUUUUGAAAAUAUUGUUAGUAUGUCACAGCCCCACUUUUUUCAUUUUUGGUUAAUAUUGAACAGAGCCUGGUAAUUUUUUGUAUACUUAUUGCCACUGUGAAAAUAUUCUUAGCCAUGUUAAUAGUUUAACUUGAAGAGUAUCUUUGCACAAUACAGUAGUGAUAUGUGUUGUAUAUUAAUUGGUUACAGAAUGUUUGGCAUUUCAUGCCUGUGCAAAGGAAGUGUAAUUUACAUCCAAGCCGGAGGCAACAGGAAAAACAGCCAACAUAAACAUGGAAGACAGGUGAAAGAGGGCACAGAUCCUGUGAAUUUGUAGGUGACUUCCUGACAUCCUGGUUACCAUGACACCCAGCAGAGGACUAUGGGAUUAAAGUGGGAAUUCCCUCCCUUUUCCCCUAAAACCUACUAAACGCCAUGACUGGGACUUGUCCAAGGUGUUGACAUCAUGGGGAGCUGCUGUAGCUGCCUGUGCAAAGACAGUGUCCCAGACAACCACCCCACAAAGUUUAAGGUGACAAAUGUUGAUGAUGAAGGCAAUGAGCUGGGCUCAGGAAUUAUGGAGCUGACACAGAGGGAGCUUGUUUUGCACACGCACAAACGCGAUGCUGUCCGGUGGCCGUACCUUUGCUUGCGCCGCUAUGGCUAUGAUUCCAACCUCUUCUCCUUUGAGAGUGGGCGUCGCUGCCAGACAGGGCAGGGAAUUUUUGCGUUCAAGUGCUCAAGAGCCGAGGAGAUUUUUAAUUUGCUGCAGGACCUGAUGCAGUGUAACAGUAUCAGUGUGGUGGAGGAGCCUGUUGUCAUCACAAGGAACAGUCAUCCUGCCGAACUAGACUUGACCCGAACACCCCAGACACCCAACACUCUAGCAUAUACUGUUCCAGGAUUUCCAAAUGGAUUCCACAGCUUUCCUGGGGAGACCUCAUCUUGCCCUGCAGCCCGUCAUCCCUCCAUGAGCAGCCUACGUCAUUCCUCAGUUAGUGAGGACUCCACACAUGCCCUCAUUGUCCCUGAUGAGCAAUCCCACACCUAUGUGAACACAGCCAGUGGUGAGGAAGAGAGGCGGGGCCACCUCUGCAUGCACUCUUUGCCUGAAGUCCAUCCUCCUGUCCCCCAUCCUAACCACAGCUGUUCCCUGGAGGAUCGGAACCCUCAAGUCUACCUACAUCCAGGGGAGGUGAAAUUUGUUUUGGGCCCUGCCCCAGGUUACAGGCACAUGGUGAAAUGUGAUGGCUUCUGCCGACCCCAUUGGGAGUGUGCAGGGCACAUCUGCACCCCUAACAAUAACAACAACGAAUGCAAAGAUGAAUGCUUUACACCCAAAUGUGUGUAUGAAAAUAUCAAUGGCCUCCUACCUUCUCGAGGGACCUUGCUUCGUCGUGGGGGUAGUGGGCGCUUGAAAAUUGCCCGUGAAGAUCUGAAUCCUCCCAGUUGCUCUCAUCGCCGAACCACCCUACUGCACUAUGAGAACCUCCCCUCACUGCCACCAGUGUGGGAGUGCCAACCACUGAGGCAGGACCAGGAUGAGGAGGACUCUGGUGAUGCAAUGACACCUUCCCCCAAUGGUUAUCCUGAGCAUGAAGAAGAUGACCCCUUACAAAACUACAUGAACUCAGAAAGUGCUGCACUGCAUGGGAGUUUGCGCAGGGAGAAUUGCAUACAGAGGCGCCGCAGCUGUACACCCAAUGUCUUCAGUUUUGACUUCCGCCGGCCUUGUUUGGAGCAGCAAAGGCAGCUCAACUAUAUCCAGGUGGAACUGGAGGAUGACCCCCACAAAGGUCACCAAAGCACACCAGUCCCCCGUGCCCCACUUUCUGCUCCACACCCAGCCCGCAGGACGGAUUCCUAUGCGGUCAUUGACCUUAAAAAGACAGCAGCCAUGUCCAACUUGCAGAGGGCACUGCCUAGGGAUGAUGGAACUUCCAGGAAAACUCGGCAUAACAGCACUGACCUGCCUGUGUAAGAUGAAUGCCCAACCCAAGCACCGCAUUGUGGCUUUUGUACCUGCUCUUCAAUGAAUCAUGUAGUGUAACUGCUGUCUUUCCAUUGCACCCCAGUUUCUCAGUGUGGCAAACUGGGAAAUCUUCAUCAAGCUAACGAGAAAUGUAGCCUAUUUGUGCCUCUUCCCAACCCCUAUUGCUCCUGCCAUGUAGUUUUUGAAGCCUUUCAAAGUGCUUGAAAACUUGAUUCAUUUGAUAGUGAGGUGGGUGGUGGAAGUGAUGCCACCUGUUCUUUCCCUCCAGCUUUAUAAAGCUAUUGUCUUUGAAAAUUCUCCCUUCUGAUUUUGGUUUGGUCCUUUGAGGACCCUGAUAGUAGAACAUAUUCAGUUGGAAAAGUGUAGAGACAUUACAGAGGAAGGCACAAUUUGGGGGGAGCACCCUAAUGGUACAGGUACUGAGUUUCUCUCUUAUUUUGAAGGUAUGCUGAAAUAUUAUAUAUGUUAUUUAUUUGUU